UGUAGAAGAGGGGGUGUGCAAGAAGCAAAAACAAGUCGCCAAUGAUGAGCGGGAGGUUGCUGUGGGAGAUGAUGAUGUAAAGGAACAUCCAAAACAAGUCAACCAAGAAGUGGCAACACCUAUAGAGGAGGGGGCAGGGAACUGGCUUGAAGAGCUCAAGGCUGUCAUUGAAGAUGAGCCCAGGAGGAAAGCCCAGGGGGGAUGUAAAGUGACCAUACCGGACUGGUCAAAGGCCAGUGAGAGUUCGGAUGACCAUUUCCAUGAGAGAACUGUAAGUGGGGACAGUGGAAAGGAAGUGAAUCUCAAGGCCAAAGUUCAAGAUGUCACCAUGGCCAAUGGAUUCCCUGGGCUACCAGCUGCUGUAGUUCAACAGGAAGAAGAAAAAACCCUGGUGAAGGAGACAAGGAUGGCAACUCCAGCUCAACAGAAGGGCAAUCAUCAUGGCCAGCAGAUCUCCCUUUAUGUGAAGGCCGGCAGUGAUGGAGAGAGUAUCGGGAACUGUCCGUUCUCGCAGAGACUCUUCAUGAUCCUCUGGCUGAAAGGAGUCAUCUUCAAUGUCACCACUGUGGACCUCAAGAGGAAACCGGCGGAUUUGCAGGAUCUUGCUCCAGGAACCAAUCCUCCAUUCAUGACCUUCAACGGAGAGGUGUUAGUAGACAUCAACAAGAUUGAGGAGUUUCUUGAGGAACGACUGGUCCCACCACGAUACCCAAAGUUGGCUGCAAAGCAUCCAGAAUCCAACACAGCAGGAAUAGAUGUGUUUGCCAAGUUUUCUGCCUACAUCAAGAACCCUCGUAAAGAAGCCAAUGAGGGUCUGGAGAAGGCUCUUCUGAAGUCUCUAAAGAGGUUGGAUGAGUAUUUGCAGACACCGCUGCCCGAGGAAAUAGAUGCAAACAGCGUAGAAGAUCCUGGUGCAUCAACACGCAGUUUUUUGGAUGGACCAGAUCUCACGCUGGCUGACUGCAAUCUGCUGCCCAAACUGCACAUAAUAAAGAUUGUUGCCAGGAAGUACAGAGGUUUUGAGAUUCCUGCUGAUAUGACUGGGAUUUGGAGGUAUUUGAAUAACGCCUACCAGAGAGAGGAGUUCAUGAACACCUGUCCUGCUGAGCGCGAGAUCGAGUUUGCUUACCUGGACGUCGCCAAAAAAAUCAAAUAGUUCAGGAUGACGAGACAAGCUCUGCUAGCUCCAUCACAUGCUUGUGUGUGUGUCGUAUGUGUGUAUGUGUGUGCACUCACUGGUGGAGAUGCAUUAAUACUGUGCAUUAGAUUGGCACCCAUUUUCUUUCAAUCAAUGGCAGGACCAGAAAAAAAACAGUUACUAUUAUGUUACUAACAGCUUUUUAUAAGUAUCUAUCUAUCUGUCUUCAUGAAUGAUAUAAAUAGACUAGAUAUUGUAUAGUCAUGAUGUUCACCAAGGCCUUGACCAAAUCUCAUAAUCACUUUUAAUCUAUGGAUCUCUAUUUUUCUUUCUAUUUUUGGCAUUUUUGAAUUACUUCUUCUGGUCAGGUCAGUAUAUUUACAUUUCCUAUUUACAAUAUAUAUAACUCAAGUUUAUUUUACAGUAUGUUUAAUGAAACCAUCCUUUUGUAUCAUCACCUGAGGCUAUUUUCCAGACAUUUAUAAUUAUAUUUCUAUGUCAUUGUUUUUAUCUUUUGUGCUUCUUCAUUUAUAUUUGAUAGUUUUUUUGUUUUUGUUUUUAUUUUAUCUAUGAACAGAACUUAUUAAAAUGUUCUAUUUAUGCAACUAUGUAACCUUGCAUGAAUGCCUUAUGAAGCCCUGACGAGACUUUAAUUAAACUAAUCAGAUUUCAUCAUUAAGUCUUUAUGGUUUUUUAAUUUCCUAUUCCAAUCAUAACCAAGGGUUGUGUAAAGAAUGGGAUUUUGAUAUGCGAGUCAG